AUGCGUAUCGUCAAAUGGACCGGGUCUCGAAAACAGCGGCGCGGGAGCGGCGCGGGGGCGGGCAACGAGCGGUGCACUCCAGUCGAGCGACAUUUCGUUUGCGAAUGUCGACAACACAACCACGAACACAACACUACACCGCUACAGUGCCGCGCGAUCUGCCCGCUGGUUUCGAGAACAGGUAUGCGUUGCCCGCCCCUCUCCCGCGCCGCCGCCGCUGCCGCUCCGCUGCCCGCAAAAUUCGAGACCGAGGCCUUAGGCCUCUGCCUCGAAUUUUGCGGGCAGCGGGGCGGCGGCGGCGGCGGCGCGGGAGCGGCAGGAUCUUAUGCGUAUCGUCAAAUGGACCGGGUCUCGAAAACAGCGGCGCGGGAGCGGCGCGGGGGCGGGCAACGAGCGGUGCACUCCAGUCGAGCGCCGCAAUGUUCAAACCCGUUUGCAAAUCCAAAAAUACUCUCAAAAAUAUACAGGUGUCAAUUACAACAAGAAGACACUUGCUGCUGUUCUUGUAAUUCCGAUGCAAUGUUUGAAGUGAUGAAAAGUCUUUAUGAUUGUUAUAAAAAGAAAAAUUGUACUAAUUGUUGUUGCAUUCUCUGUGGCCACUUACCUUUAGGUGAACGAUUGAAACCAAGUGAAAUGCAGAAAUCAAUCGGUGUCGGAGAGGGAAAAAUACCUCAAGAAAAACUAGAUAAAGCUAGGGCCGAAGGGUUACUUACACCGCUUGAAGGAAAGACUCCAGAACAACAAGAAAGAAUACUAAAAGGUCUAGCUAAAAAUGGAAUUCCGUUACCUGAAGGAAAAACGGCGUCUGAAAAAAAACUUAUUGAUAAAAUCAGACAGGAAAUGGGAUUGCCACCCGAACCAAAAUCUGCUACAGAAAAGGAUAACCUUGCUAAGGCAUAUGCCGCUGGUAUAAUAACACCAUUAGAAGGAAAAACUCCUGAACAAAAAGAGAAAGCUCUCCGAAAAAUGGCCGAAGCAGGUGUACCUUUACCGGAAGGUCGAACACCUUCCGAAAAAGCUCUGAUAAGUAAAAUUAAAGCUUCCACUCCUGCAAUAAAAAUACCCUCGGAAAAGUUGCGCAAAGCCAAAGCUGAAGGUUUAAUAACACCCCUUGAAGGAAAAACUCCAGAACAAAAAGAAAAAAUACUAAAAGGAUUGGCUAAACAUGGCAUUCCUUUGCCUGAAGGCAAAACACCCUCAGAAAAGAAACUAAUCGAUAAAAUCAAAAAGGAUAUGGGGCUGCCACCUGAGCCCAAAACGUCAGCAGACAAAGCGAAUCUAGCUAAAGCUUAUGCAGCUGGAAUUAUAACGCCGCUUGAGGGGAAAUCUCCGGAACAGAAAGAGAAAGCACUGCGCAAAAUGGCGGCGGCGGGAGUGCCUUUGCCAGAAGGCCGAACACCAUCAGAAAAAGCUUUGAUAGAUAAAGUUAAAGCUACUACUCCUGUGCUAAAAAUACCAUCAGAAAAGUUGCGCAAAGCAAAGGCCGAAGGGUUAAUAACACCUCUUGAAGGAAAGACCCCAGAACAAAAAGAGAAAAUACUUAAAGGACUAGCUAAAAACGGUAUACCUUUACCUGAGGGAAAAACGCCCUCGGAAAAGAAACUUAUCGACAAAAUAAGACAGGAAAUGGGAUUACCACCGGAGCCCAAAACUUCCGAAGAAAAAAUGAAUCAAGCCAAAGGAUACGCUGCAGGCGUUAUCACUCCACUCGAAGGCAAAACUCCUGAACAGAAAGAGAAAGCACUUCGCAAAAUGGCUGAAGCGGGCGUGGCUUUGCCUGAAGGCCGCACGCCGUCAGAAAAAGCUUUGAUUAACAAAAUUAAAGCUGAGAUGCCAACUCCAAUCAAGAUACCUUCAGAAAAGAUGCGCAAAGCCAAAGCUGAAGGUUUGAUAACACCUCUUGAAGGUAAAACGCCAGAACAAAAAGAAAAAAUACUGAAAGGGCUUGCUAAAGCUGGUAUACCCCUACCUGAGGGAAAAACAGCGUCAGAGAAGAAAUUGAUCGAUAAGGUGAGACAGGAAAUGGGAUUACCACCUGAACCCAAAUCCGCAGAUGAGAAAGACAAAUUAGCGAAAGUUCCAUCGGAGAAAAUGCGAAAAGCAAAGGCUGAAGGACUCAUAACACCACUUGAAGGUAAAACUCCCGAACAAAAAGAGAAAAUACUUAGAGGACUAGCUAAAACUGGUAUUCCUCUACCUGAAGGAAAAACGCCGUCUGAAAAGAAACUUAUCGACAAAAUUAGACAGGAAAUGGGAUUACCACCGGAGCCCAAAACGUCAGCAGAGAAAAUGAAUCAAGCGAAAGGAUACGCUGCAGGCGUUAUCACUCCACUCGAAGGAAAAACUCCUGAACAGAAAGAGAAAGCACUUCGCAAAAUGGCUGAAGCGGGAGUGGCUUUGCCCGAAGGCCGAACGCCGUCUGAAAAAGCUUUGAUUAACAAAAUUAAAGCUGAAAUGCCCACUCCAAUCAAGAUACCUUCAGAAAAGAUGCGCAAAGCCAAAGCUGAAGGUUUGAUAACACCUCUUGAAGGAAAAACACCAGAACAAAAAGAAAAAAUACUGAAAGGGCUUGCUAAAGCUGGUAUACCCUUACCCGAGGGAAAAACAGCGUCGGAGAAGAAAUUGAUUGACAAAGUGAGACAGGAAAUGGGAUUACCACCUGAACCCAAAUCAGCAGAUGAGAAAGACAAAUUAGCGAAAGCUUACACUGCUGGAAUUAUAACACCACUAGAAGGGAAAACACCCGCCCAGAAAGAAAAAGCACUCAAAAAAAUGGCUGAAGCAGGCAUACCAUUGCCGGAAGGUAGGACACCUUCUGAAAAAGCUUUGAUUGACAAGAUUAAAGCUACAACGCCUCCAAGACCAUCCGCGAUAAAGGUGCCAUCCGAAAAGAUGCGAAAAGCAAAGGCUGAAGGACUCAUAACACCGCUUGAAGGUAAAACUCCCGAACAAAAAGAGAAAAUACUUAGAGGACUAGCUAAAACUGGUAUUCCUCUGCCUGAAGGAAAAACGCCGUCUGAAAAGAAGCUUAUCGACAAAAUUAGACAGGAAAUGGGAUUACCACCGGAGCCCAAAACGUCAGCAGAGAAAAUAAAUCAAGCGAAAGGAUACGCCGCAGGCGUUAUCACUCCACUCGAAGGGAAAACCCCUGAACAGAAAGAGAAAGCACUUCGCAAAAUGGCUGAAGCGGGAGUGGCUUUGCCCGAAGGCCGAACGCCGUCAGAAAAAGCUUUGAUUAACAAAAUUAAAGCUGAAAUGCCAACUCCAAUCAAGAUACCUUCAGAAAAGAUGCGCAAAGCCAAAGCUGAAGGUUUGAUAACACCUCUUGAAGGAAAAACGCCAGAACAAAAAGAAAAAAUACUGAAAGGGCUUGCUAAAGCUGGUAUACCCUUACCCGAGGGAAAAACAGCGUCGGAGAAGAAAUUGAUUGAUAAAGUGAGACAGGAAAUGGGAUUACCACCUGAACCCAAAUCCGCAGAUGAGAAAGACAAAUUAGCGAAAGCUUAUACAGCUGGAAUUAUAACACCACUCGAAGGGAAAACACCCGCCCAAAAAGAAAAAGCACUCAAAAAAAUGGCUGAAGCAGGCAUACCAUUGCCGGAAGGUAGGACACCUUCUGAAAAAGCUUUGAUUGACAAGAUUAAAGCUACAACGCCUCCAAGACCAUCCGCGAUGAAGGUACUUACUGUACCAUCAGAAAAGAUGAGAAAAGCAAAGGCUGAAGGACUAAUAACACCGCUUGAAGGUAAAACUCCCGAACAAAAAGAGAAAAUACUUAGAGGACUAGCCAAAACUGGUAUUCCCCUGCCAGAAGGAAAAACGCCGUCUGAAAAGAAACUUAUCGACAAAAUUAGACAAGAAAUGGGAUUACCACCGGAGCCCAAAACAUCAAUACCUUCAGAAAAGAUGCGCAAAGCCAAAGCUGAAGGUUUGAUAACACCUCUUGAAGGAAAAACACCAGAACAAAAAGAAAAAAUAUUGAAAGGGCUUGCUAAAGCUGGUAUACCCUUACCCGAGGGAAAAACAGCGUCGGAGAAGAAAUUGAUUGACAAAGUUAGGCAGGAAAUGGGAUUACCACCUGAACCCAAAUCCGCAGAUGAGAAAGACAAAAUAGCGAAAGCUUAUACAGCUGGAAUUAUAACACCACUCGAAGGGAAAACACCUGCCCAGAAAGAAAAAGCACUCAAAAAAAUGGCUGAAGCAGGCAUACCCUUACCAGAAGGUAGAACACCUUCGGAGAAAGCUUUGAUUGACAAGAUUAAAGCUACAACGCCUCCAAGACCAUCGGCGAUGAAGGGUUUGCAGAUAACGAACGUUGCUGCGUACGCCGACUUCAGAAUUAAGAUUCUUAGAGUCACCGCGCGUCUUCAUUGA